ACCGCGUGUUACUAGCAGCAGCAGAUUGUGCAUCUGUGACGAACUGCUCCGUCCUUCAUAGUCACUCCCAGGCGGCUGCGUGCCACGUCAUUGCGCUUAUAUACUCUGUAGUCGCGACCGAACUCUGGGAGAGCGGGACUACUGUGUCUGAGGUACUAGGGGCAUUUAAACGGUGAUGCGGGACUUUUAAAAAGCGAUCUGGGACCGCGGCUGCUGUGUUAUGAAAAUCGGGAUUGUCCCACGUGUGUGACAGUUGGGAGAAUAACCUUUGAACAUGACAACGGAAGCAACAUCUGGCAUUGAAUUAAAUGAUUCAAGACAGCCUGAGGAUCAAGAAGAGCAGCCUGCGACUUCUAGUGAAGAGAGUCAACAGGUACAAGAGAAAACAGAUCAAGAAAUCAAGAACAACUCUGGUGAAACAGAGCAAGUAAAAGACCCGCCUUCUCCUUCUACAAGUUCUGGGCAGCAGAGCCCUGAAAAACAACAAAAGGAGAUAUCUGAAAGCAAAGGGAUUUCUAGAUUUUUGCCCCCAUGGCUUAAAAAGCAAAAAACCCAUAGUCAGGAUGAUAGCAAUGAAGGUGGAGACAAAAAUAUCCUCAGUGAUAAAAGUAAUGCUAAAGAGGCUUCAGGCCCCUCACAGGUAAAAGAGGAAGUGGAUAUUACACAUGAAAAGUCAUCAGAAGAUCAGUCUGUGGAGCUAAAGGCAGACAAUAAGGAGGAGAAGCAGCCCAUCGGUGCAGAGAUUCAGCCUACCAAGGAAGAUAACAUAGAAGACAUACAAAAGACAGCCGAUGAAAAGGACAAACAAGAAAGUGAAAAGGAAGUUAGGGAUGCCCAAUUUACAGAAGGAAAGGAGAUGUCCCAUAAAACUACCAAGAAGAUGAAAACAGUAUUAUGCAAAGUUACGUUGUUGGAUGGGACUGAAUAUAGCUGUGAUAUAGAGAAACGUGCAAAAGGUCAGGCAUUAUUUGCGAAGGUCUGUGAACAUCUUAAUUUACUGGAAACUGACUAUUUUGGAUUGAUCUAUCAAGUUUCUGCUAACCAGAGAAACUGGCUGGAUUCCACAAAAGAAAUCAAGAGGCAAAUCAGACGGACCCCGUGGCUAUUUGUCUUCAGUGUCAAAUUCUAUCCUCCUGAGCCGUCACAAUUAUCAGAAGAUAUAACAAGAUACUUGCUGUGCCUUCAAAUCCGCCAGGAUAUAUCCUCUGGGCGUCUACCAUGUUCAUUUGCGACUCACACAAUCCUCGGUUCAUACACACUUCAAGCUGAGGUGGGAGAUUAUGAAGCAAGUGAGCACAGCGAUGACUACAUCAGCGGUUUUCAAUUUGCUCCUAAUCAGACAAAGGAAAUGGAAGAUAAGAUUGUGCAACUGCAUAAAACACACAGGGGCCUGACUCCAGCUGAAGCCGAACUUCAGUUUUUAGAGAAUGCCAAAAAACUCUCUAUGUAUGGUGUAGAUCUACACUAUGCAAAGGAUUCUGAAGGUGUAGAUAUCAUGCUUGGCGUAUGUUCAAAUGGAUUGCUGAUUUACAAGGACAGACUGCGGAUUAACCGAUUUGCUUGGCCUAAAAUCUUGAAAAUUUCAUACAAAAGAAGCAACUUUUACAUAAAAGUCAGGCCAGGGGAGAUGGAACAGUUUGAGAGUACCAUCGGUUUUAAGCUGCCAAACCAUCGAGCUGCAAAGAGGUUAUGGAAAGUUUGCGUUGAGCACCACACCUUCUUUAGGCUCUCCGCUCCUGCACAAACUCCGAAAGCCAAAUUCUUGACUUUGGGUUCCAAGUUUCGAUACAGCGGCCGCACCCAGGCACAGACAAGAGAGGCCAGCAUAAAGAUAGACAGGCCAGCCCCAUUUUUUGAACGAACAUCUAGUAAACGCGUGUCCAGAAGUCUUGAUGGAGCACCCAUUGGUGGCACAACAGACCAAAGUUUACUUAAAGACUAUACUUAUGCUAAAGCUGACGGUGCUGUUGACGGUAUUGUCAAGGCACAAGAAAAGGCCAUUCAAGAAAGUGCUGAGGUUUCUCCUGCUAAAAGUGCACAGCUCUUCCUUCCAAAAGAUGCAAAGCUCAGUCAGUCAUUUUCACUAUCAUCCAUACUCAACAGUCAUAACAUUUCCGCAAACCUGCCAGCCAUCCCAGAGAUGGACAUCUUGUCAGACACUGUAGAAGAUCCAGAGAGGGAAGCCCUUUACACAUCCUCUACUAGUGUGAAUUUUUGUUUGGAAGGAAGCCAAAUGAAUACAAGUUUGACUUGUGAGGCUAAUGCACAAGAUUGCUUAUCAGAAUCUGCUGCUGUCGGCAGUGAUAUUUCUUAUUUAGCCGUUAGCCCUAAUGAGUUGUACUUUAAUAGUAAGCCAGUGCAAUGUGGCUUGUUUUCAUUUAGCUUUUACAAGAUUUUUCCAUCAAAAUUUCCUUCCUUUCUUGAUGAGAAUGGAUAUAUCCGCUUUCCCAGUCUCCCAGAAAUGUGCAUGUCGGUUCUCCCCUAUGGUCUUCAAAACUAUCUUCGACUCACAUCGCCUUCCUUCAUCCCAUCUCUUCUCUUGAUCUUUGUGCUUCUGUUCUCUGCUUCCCAUUCUGUCCCAUUCUCACUUAUUCUUUCCCUUCCUCUUGCGCUGUAUCUGUGCUACAUAGAGCCUAAGGCAUCCUCACUUGACUCCUUUUAUGACAAUGAACUGAAUGAUAAAGAAGAGGAGGAAGAAGAGGAUGAAGAACAGGAAAAACAGGAUCUGGAUAAGACGCAGGAUGAAAUAUUGAAACACCAGGCUAGCAUUAGUGAGCUCAAGCGUACUUUCAUGGAAUCCACACCUGAACCACGUCCUAAUGAAUGGGAGAAGCGCUGUAUCACUCCCUUGCCUAUGCUGUCACAUGGGAAGCUUAUACCCAGAGCAAGAGGAAUGCGCACUGGCCUGAGUGAUGCUCUUGAGAAUUCAGAUGAGAUUCAGAACAUAGUAGAAGAGACAAAACUGUCAGAUUCUGAUACUAGUGAACCAUCCGUUGCAGAAGAUGGCAAAGUAGGCAUUAACAGGGAAGCUGAAUGUUCCAGUGAUGCUGUCGAGCAAAGCACAGAAGUAAAAGAAGUAGAGAAGAAAGAUACAGGGUCUUUGUCUUCGUCAGAUGGAAAUAGUGACAGUGAGAAUGAAGAAGCUGAGUAUCAGACUGAAAGCCAGUUAUCUGAAGAUGUGCUAAAGGAAGAACUUGAAGAAAGCCCUGAAGAAGAAGUGCAAGAAGAGAAGACAAAGACAGAAGAGGUCAUCCAGGUCAUCGAACCAGAUAGUAGCACUGUGGCGUCUGUCGCUCAUUUAGAAGAGAUAACCGAAAAUGUGACCAAAGAAAUAACCGUAACCACAUUUCAAUCUUCAGAAACUAACAUUAUGAUUAAUGAAGAGGUCCACCACCAAGAACAGCCUAAAAUUAAUGGAGAUGUAUCUCACGUUGAUGUGGAUACAUCAUCUGAAAUAAUUUGUUGUUCAGAGCCUCCUGUUGUGAAGACAGAGAUGGUCACCAUUUCUGAUGCUACACAAAGAACUGAAAUUACUACUAAAGAAGUCCCAAUUGUACAGACAGAGACUAAAACAAUUACUUAUGAAUCUGCUCAGCUGGAUGACAGUGGUGACAUAGAACCUGGUGUCUUACUAAGUGCACAAACCAUCACAUCUGAUUCUGUUCUUACAACCACAACUACACACAUCACUAAGACAGGGAAAGGUGGAAUAGCAGAGACAAGAAUUGAAAAGCGCAUUGUCAUCAGUGGAGAUUCAGACAUUGACCAUGAUGAGGCAUUAGCUCAAGCAAUAAAGGAAGCCAAAGAACAGCACCCAGAUAUGUCUAUUACUCGUGUAGUGGUCCACAAGGAAACAGAGCUCAUGGAAGAAGAAGAGGAAGCUUAAUUUAAAGAAUAUUUGAAGAUGCAAAAAUUUUAUGAAGUAAUUUGAACCAUACAGCCUGCUACUAAAUUGUCUGGUUCUGGCAAGCUUGACGGGAAGGCGAAGAUGCCAACGUAAAACCUCAGCUUGAUAUCUAUACUGUUCCAUGCCUAUCUACUUGUUUCUCUGUUAUAACCACUUCUUAACAUUCAUAGCUUUAGCACGGUUUAAACAACUCUUUAAACAACCAUUUUUCCAGAUUGUAUAGUUGUAGAGAAUACACAAUCUUUGUCACUAGCAUAGUUUUUUUUUUUUUUCUUUAUUCCUGUGUCAUUUAAAGCCUCUGGCAGUGGCACUUUUCAGACUUACAGAUUAUUCAGGUCAAUCCACUCUUUGAAGUAAUCUAAUACAUUUUACACAUUUCUUAUAUUUGCAUAAUGUAUUUCACUUUCACUGUUUUAUACUGAUAUUUGUACUUUCAAUCUCAAAGUGAAAGCAAUAUUAGUUCUCUGUUACUUAAGGAGGUUCAAAGAUGAAGAUGAAAUUUUACAUUUUUCUAAAGGAAUUUUAUUUGUGAGCAGAAGUUCAGCCAGCCUUGUGUGGUCUUCACAUUUUGUACUGCCAUAUUUGUACCGAACAUCUGCUACAAAUGAUUGAAAAAUAAAAUAACAUAAAAACAUUCCAGGGAAAAAUAGAUGUAAAAAGGCACAUCUGUGUUCAGUAAAAGAAGGAAACCUUUUUGGCAGCUUGUUACUUUUGUCCUACUCUGAAUUUGAAUACACAUGUAAAACAUUUUUUUUUUUUUAGUCUGUGUCUUCAUUGUGAAAGUGGCUUGCCUAUAGUAAAAACUGAAAUAUCCUUUUAACGGUUUAUGCAGGGUUUUAUUAAGCAAAAUGGAUGCAGUUACAGUCCUAUUGCCAACACUGAGAACCACACACAGUUUGAUUUGCCACUAAAAGAAUUGUAUGUGUCUCUGUUGCUGUCUUGAUUUACAGUUGACCCUGUGUAUAGAUAAAAUGCCAAAUAGAUUUAUACCUGCUUCCAGCUGUAUUAAGAAUAUUUUGCUUUCUGUAAUACUUUUAAAAAUAAAGUUUGUUUAUUCUA